CCAUCUGAAACAGAAGCGAACAGUUAACAAGAGUCCUGGUUGAAAGAGUCAGCCAGCCCAGCAGCCCGACCCCAGCGUGCUGUGCCUGGAGGGAGCAGGGGGUACAAUCUGCAAAGGAGCUCUGUCCUUCAGCUGCUGACUUGGCACGUUGUCGUCAGCAUGAGCCUGGAGAGCAUGGCUAAUGGUGCCCACAAAGGGAAAACAGGGGCCAAGGUCACUCUGCAGCGUUGUCUUGGGACACUGCUCAGUUUGGGGACAGUCCUACUAGGCUCCUCCUAGUUUAGGCUUGAUGGGAGCAUAUAAAGAGAGACAAGUAGCUGCCCCUAGGAAACCUCCAUUGGGACAAUAGUUUUAAAUCCUCCUGUCGAUCACAGAAGGAAUCAUUUGCAUGAGAUGCUUGUGCAUCAAGUCCACAUCAAGUUAUUCCCUAAUUUAGCCACUUAAAGUAGAUAGAGCAGUGAAAUAUAAACAUAUGAAUGAAUAUAAGUGAGUCCAGCUGAGCUAGCAAGCAUGGUUUACGAAGUCACCCAACAGGUGGAAGCAGAACCUUAGAGCUGGGCUGGUAUCAAGAGGGGCUGGAGGUAGAUGAUAAAUGGUAACCUCAAGCCUGCUCAGAGCACUUGUCAGAAGCAGAAGGACGAUUGAUGAUAGGGCAGGGACUUUCAGCAUGAACCAACACCCAGGGCUAUUCUUUAUCACAUGCUUGAAUCACAAGCUGAGUGGGGCAAGCCCUGUAAUCCCCCAAAUUAUGUGGGUACACCGCUCCUGCUCAUCAAUUAAGCAAUAAACAUAGCAAGUUAUAAUGGAUUUGCAUAUCAAGAUAGCCAGCAAGCCAGAGCCAGAAGUGAAAGAAUCAUUUAACACUUGAUGCUCUGCCACAGAAGUCAGAUGGAGCUCCAGAAUAUCCUAUGAGUCUUGGGAACAUCCAUACAAAGCCAUAAGUCACACUUCUCUGCUGGGGGGUUGCACAAAGGCUAGUGAAGCUGCCCAUGGGGCCUUCUCUCAGCCCAAAGCCCUUGGCAGGUGCUGAGACUGGCUGACCCUCAUGACUGCCAGCGCUCUGAGCAGGCUCUGCGAUCUUCCAACAGCAGCACCUUCUCGUGAACUGGGCACAGCCAAACACCUCUCUUCCUUUUGGGUCCUCCACCUCCUUCCUUCUCUAAAACUAUUGGGGCUGCAUUUCUCCAUCCUCAUUUUCCUACUGUUCUUUCAAUAGCUUGCUUUUCCAUGCUGCAGACCUUCUAUCUUUUCAUUUUACCCUCCUUCUCUCUUCUGCUUCCCUCCCUUUCCCCCUCCCCCUGCUUUCUCUCCCUCUGCACUUUGUGAACUGCUGCUGCAGUGCUGAAGUCCAAAGUUCAGUAACUUGCUAAGCACACAGAUAAAUAUGAACCUUGGAGAAUUUACAUUGCUCCAAUGUAAACAGAUAGCCAAGGGUCCCUUUAUCAGCACUGGCUCAGGACAGUCGUGGGGGGUCUGAAGUGGCUCAAUUUUGUAUUUUGUUUUUUUUGGGGGGGCGUAAAGGCGGGAGGCUGUGCUGUGCCCACUCUCCUGACAGUCGAGCGUGUUACCUCAGGAACAUGGUGUAGGGAAGCUGGAAGCAGGAUAACCCGAAUUUCAAAUCCAAGAGACACCAGCCUGAAGACCAUGGUCUCGAAGCUGAGUCAUCUUCAAGUGGAGCUGCUGGGAGCGCUGCUGGAGUCGGGGCUAACCAAGGAGACCCUGAUCAAGGCGCUGAGCGAAGUGGAACCCUACAUGCUCCAGAGUGAAAGUCAGCGCGCUAUCAACGCCCUCCAGACAGAGAAAGGGGAACCCUGUGCCGACAUCCCCAACCUCCCCAACGGAAUGGGGGAGUCCAGGUUAUCAGAAGAUGAAACCUCUGAUGAUGGGGAGGAAUUUACCCCUCCAAUACUGAAGGAGCUGGAAAACUUGAGCCCUGAGGAGGCUGCUCACCAGAAGGCUGUGGUGGAAAGACUAUUACAAGAGGAUCCCUGGCGAGUAGCAAAGAUGGUGAAAUCCUACCUCCAGCAGCACAACAUCCCUCAGCGUGAGGUGGUGGACACUACUGGUCUGAACCAAUCUCACCUCUCACAACACCUCAACAAGGGCACUCCCAUGAAAACCCAAAAAAGGGCAGCCCUCUACACCUGGUAUGUCCGCAAGCAGCGAGAGGUGGCCCAGCAAUUCACACAUGCUGGCCAGGGUAUCCUGACAGAGGAGCCCAUGGGAGAUGACCUGCCCACCAAGAAGGGAAGAAGAAACCGCUUUAAGUGGGGUCCUGCCUCACAACAGAUCCUGUUCCAAGCCUAUGAGAGACAGAAAAACCCCAGCAAAGAAGAGAGGGAGGCGCUGGUGGAAGAGUGCAACAGAGCAGAGUGUAUUCAGAGAGGUGUUUCCCCAUCUCAGGCCCAGGGACUGGGCUCAAACCUGGUGACAGAGGUCAGAGUUUACAACUGGUUUGCCAAUCGCAGGAAGGAGGAGGCUUUCCGGCACAAGCUGGCCAUGGACACCUUCAGUGGACCACAGCCUACCCCUGCUCCUCCUCUAACUCCUCACAACUCUUCCUCCCUCCAGCCACCAUCUGCUCUCUCACCCAACAAAGUUCACGGAGUGAGGUACAACCAGCAGCCAGCCAGCGAGGCAGAGUCCUCCAGCAGCAACCACCAUGGGAACAGCUCCAUGGUGACCACCCAAACCAUCCUGCAUCAGGUUUCUCCCCCUGGACUGGAGCCCAGCCAGAACCUACUGAGCACAGACACUAAGCUGGUCUCAGGUCCUGGAGGAACUCUCCCUCCUGUCAGCACCCUGACUGCCCUGCACAGCCUAGAGCAAAAUCCACAUGCACUGAGCCAGCAAACUCAGAACCUUAUCAUGGCAUCACUGCCGGGUGUAAUGGCAAUUGGAGCUGGCGAGACCUCAUCCCUAGGACCAGCAUUCACCAACACAGGUGCCUCCACCCUGGUGAUAGGCCUGGCCUCAACCCAGCCCCAGAGCGUGCCUGUAAUAAACAGCAUGGGGAGCAGCCUCACUACCCUGCAGCCCGUCCAGUUCUCCCAGCAACUGCACCCAUCCUACCAGCAGCCCCUCAUGCAGCAGGUCCAGAGCCACAUCAACCAGAGCCCCUUCAUGGCUACCAUGGCCCAGAUACAGAACCCUCACGCUCUCUACGGCCCCAAGUCUGAAGUGGCCCAAUACACACAUACAGGCCUCUUACCACAAACCAUGGUGAUAACAGAUACAGCCAAUCUCAGCACCCUGACUAACCUGACACCAACUAAACAGGCAUUCACAUCUGAGUCGGAGACUCACACAGAGUCUGGGAUGCAUACGCCAGUGUCGCAGGCACCAACGAUACAUUUACAGAACCAAGACACAACCAUCCAGCACCUUCAGCCAGGCCCUCGCCUCACCUCCAGCCCUGCCGUGUCCUCCAGCAGCCUGGUGCUGUACCAAAGCUCUGACUCCACCAACAGCCACAGUCAGCUGCUGCCAUCCACUCACAAUGUCAUCGAGACCUUCAUCUCCACGCAGAUGGCAUCCUCCACUCAGUAACCAAGACAGCAGGCUCAAGGGUGACUGCCAUGACCAGCCUGUCAGGUGCAACUCCAACUGUGUUUGCCAUCACUGUCACCGCUGCCUUCCACGGGAAGGAACGGCUGCUGCGCUCAGCUGAUCUACAUCCCCUACUGCAUCAUACAAAUCCCUUACUCAGCUGCCUCCAUGAGAGAAGAUGUCUCAGGCUCAAGAGAGAAGCCAUGGAAAGAUGAAGCCAGGACUGCUAAAAUCCACUGCCCAAAAAAAUCCAAGCAAACCCAAACACCACAAGCCAGCCUAGAACGACCAGAUGUCCUUUUGUGUCCGCCCAAGAAGGAAUCCCAUCAAGAGAUGGGAUGCAAGACGGCAAAAAUGCCAGGGUAUGGAUGGGACUUUCAUUCUGCUCAGCCUUCAUCAAACUGGACCUGUACAAACCUGUGAACACCAGACUAAGCUGUGCAGGAAAGAGCAAAGCUGAGCUGCCAAAGAAGGGACACCAUCUUUAAAACACCCACCUCCUUUGCUGGAAAGAAGCACCAAUGGGAACUAUGAGAAACAAUAGUAUCUUGGAGGCAAGAGUGAGAGAACCUGGUUCCCCAUUGCAAGGAAAUUCACCAAGAAACAGAUUCAGGAAUGGCUUGGCACAAACCUGUCAGUAUGGGAUCACUGACUACAAGCUAGAAAUCCUUUACUUAACUACAAAAAUACCAAACAUUCUCAGUUAAAAAUGACCUGCUUUAAAAUCAUGCUAUCCUAGUGGAAAUGGCUUGGUUAUUUUUGAUAUAGGUCUGCUUUGUUUUAAAUGCAGAAAUUAAAGUUUAACAGCAGCAAGGAGAUUCCAGUUCCCUGCAUUAACCACGUAGAUUCUCAUCUCAUGUGUCGCGGAAUGAGCCGGGGGAUGGCAUUCUCCACAAGUCCCCGACACUGCACAACACCUGGGGGGUUCCCAUGCUCCACAAAGAACAUCCUCCCAUUUUUCUCUAUAAAGACAUCAGCUUGGAUUCAUUUUACAGAACACGCUUAAUUCUUAGCUUCCCUGUAGGUUAGAUUUCGUAGUUCUUGAUAUGCAAAUAAUUACCCUGGGGUCUAAGAGUCUUACUUGCACUAAGUGAAGGUUUUUAGCCCUAAGGAUCUACUUAUAUAAUUCCUCUUCUAAUCAUUCCUCUUUUCGCUAUUUACUCUCAACCUUCACAUCACUGAUAUGUCACUAGCCAAACAGGAAAAAAGCCCUAAUUAACAUGUUUUUGUCACUGUGACCAAAACAGAGCUAUUCUUUCAACUGUGAAAUGGACAAAAAUCCUCAAGACUAGGAAGUGCUCAAGACUCAUCUUAAAAGGCUGAGAUAUCAGGGAGAAUUUAAACAGAAAAAACCCAACAGCAAACUCGUCAAAUUAUAUGUGGAAAUUUCAAAAUUGCAGAUGUCCAUUACAGUUUGUAUUGAUAUGAUCUUCCUCUACAUACUAUCCACCAUCAGAGACUAAUUUCAAGUAACUUGAUUCUGUGAGGAAUU